AUGAUAUCUCGCGAAAUCCUACUAAGCGAGGCCACGUUGGAUAUCAUUGUUCCAAAUGGUAUUCUUGAAUGUAAUGAAGAACGUGUGCUGUCAAUACUAUCUGCCCAAUCUCGUUCUCAGGUCUUUUAUGAUGAACUUUUACACUUUUAUCUUGUUAUUGGUCUAUCCUCUGAUUCUGCCAUUUAUGAUCUCGCUACUAUGAAUGAGUUUUUUCAUCAACUGGACAUAAAUGUUGAAGCUUCCCUCAAUGAUUCGUACAAUACUUCUGUCCCAUCGCUUUCUUCUAUUCCUAGAUCGUAUCAUCAUUCAAUUAAAAGGUCACGUUCUAGUUCUACCUCAACUCCUCCUUCAAUACCUGGAUCUCCCUCUUCUUCUGAUAAAGUAAAUAAAAUGUCGGAAGGUUCCAUUAUUUAUUCAUGCCCUUACGACCCGAAUAAAGAUGAUCAAAAAAUGGUCGUCGUUAAGUUUAAAGAUAGUUGGACUUGUGUCGUCCCAUUAAGAAUGUCUGUGAAUUUCAUGAAAACACGUUCUGCUAAUCCAAUAUUAUCAUUAAAUGUUUCUGUAUCUUUGCAGCCAUCAUCCUUGAUGGCCCCUAAAGAUGCAUCAGAUUUGUAUUCUCAUCAACUUUUUGGGCAAAUGAAUUUGUUAGCUGGCCUUGCUGAUGAUCCAAUCUUUGAGGAUUCUCCUUUUCAAAUAUAUCCACCUCGUUUACAAGUGUUAGAUUCUGUAAACAAACGAAACAUGUGUGGACCAAUAAAAUGUUUAAAAAGAAAUUGUUUUAAAUCAUUAUCUUUGAAAACUGCAUUAAAUGUUCGUAUGCGAACAAUAAGUGUUUCUCCAUUGGACAACUCUUUGAUGAUUUCUAUUGAGGUUGAAAACAAUAGCACGGAAACACCCGUUUCAUUUGCUGUGGAUUCGAUUAAAAUAGAUGUUCCUCAUAGUUUUGUAACAAGAUACGAAUAUACGCAAGAUAAGAAUGUGAAACCAUCCUUACCUACUCCCUCUACACAACAACAUUAUUCUCCCCCAUCUUUGAUGAGUUCUCGCAGUUCUUCACGUAGAAGUUCUGUUUCUUCCAUUUUUUCUGCUAAAUUACCUUCCCCAUCUCCAGCUGAUGAUCGACAGCGUCCACUUUCCAUCAGAAUAAAAGGUUCCCCCAUUUUAGAAAAUGAGAAAAUACAUGCUAUUGAAUCUAAAUGGAAUUGUAUGCUAGAUCUAGCUAGUUUACUCAAGCGUGAUAAUUCAAUACCUAUUAACAAAUUAAUUCAACAAACCCAGCAAAAUUCAAGAUUUACUGUAUCUCAAACCUCCGUUUCUUCGAGAAAUUCGAGUUUUUUAUCAACCGGUAUAUUAACGCCACUUUCUGCAAAAACUUUUAAUUCAGAUAUACAUUUUAAGAAGCACUUGAGCGUUCCAACUGCACUCGAGUCAAUAUGUAAUGGCAUAAAUGGAACAAAUGGAACUCUAAUUGGAGGUCGUGUUCCAAAGUCACAAAAGGCUGUUAUUGAUGGUGAUUGCGUUGCUGUAUCAUUUUCCGUUAACUCCGAGGUUGUGGUUGGUCAGAUAUUCACUGUACAAAUUUCUAUCUUCAAUAAAUCGAGUAAAAUAAAAAAAUUCACGAUCAAGGUUCCAAACAAAAAUCAACUUCCAAAUAAUAAAUCACCAUUAUCAAUAGUAUCAAAGCUUUCUGGCAAUAGUUAUAAUGAUAUUUCGAUGCUUUCGAUACAUGGCAAUCUAUCGGAUAAAAUUGAACCUUUUAUAAAUGAAUCAGACUUUCUCAAAAAAUAUCUAGAAUUUGAGACUUCUGAUGCUGAUUUGGUUUGUUUGGAGAAUAGCGCUUGUACAGGGCCAAUAUAUCCACUUACAAGUGAAUCUGUUUCAAUACGUUUCAUCGCCGUGAAAGAAUCUUUACAUGUAAUCGAUCUAGUUCAAUUUGUAAAUACCGAUACUGGUUUUGUAACAAAUCUUCGAAACGUUUUAGAAGUAUUAGUUCGUAGUAAAACCAAUAUUACGAUGUUUCCAACAUCUAACACUGAAACGGACAAUAAUUCAAUAUUCAAUGACGUCAUUCCAAUUCGAAAACAACUAGUCGUAUCUUAA